CUGUCACUCACAUUUACUUCUUGCUCCAUUAAAUUCUACGUCGUUCGGCUCAGAUCAUAAAAUGGACUUUUUUCAAUCAAAUUCUAUUACUAUAUAAACUGGGGAUCGGCUGCAAUUUGGUAUCAGUUCGAAAAAGUCCUUCCUCUAGUUCAACAUGAACAAAGUACAGCUCUCGUUCUCGUGCCUCGCGAUUGUUAUGUUUGUGAGUGGCCAUUGUGAUGAUAACGUGAAAAACGAAAAGUUAUCUAGGGACUGCGGGAAUUCAUACAGCAUGACGUGCCUGAAAUUAGACGUUGUAUCGUUCGUGGACAAGUUGAACGAAGAGGAGCAGUUUUCAGUGUUUCCCGGAAUCAGUUUGGUGAAGGAAAACUCGACUGCACAAGCCAAUACAGCCGAUAUGGUAUCUGAACUAGCCAGGGAGUUCCCGAACGACGCUGAAGCAAGACUUGACGCUUUCCUGUUGAGAAAAAUCGGUGGAUACCUAAGCAGCCAUUCCAUCAGGCUGAACCUUUGGAACCCCUCCACAUCCGAUGUAGCUGAAGGGAGAGGCAAGGAUAAGAAAAACGGAAUGGCUUAUAUCCUCGCUGCAGCAGCUAUGAUGAAAGGUACCCUUAUGGCACUUGCGAUGGGAGGUCUUGCAGCCCUAGCUGGGAAGGCUCUGAUGACCGGUAUGAUUUCCCUGUUGCUGUCUGCCAUUAUUGGUCUGAAAUCGCUGACUAGCAGUGGUGGAAAACAGACCACUUACGAGAUUGUGUCUAAGCCGGUUUAUUCCCAUACAAAUAGCCAUUCUACUGAGGUGGAACAUGGUGGACAUUACAGUGGGUAUGGUAGGAGUUUGGAUGUGCCGUUGCCCAUUGGCUUGCAAAGGGCUUAUACCAGUUCGUGA